GAAUUUGUCCUCUUAAGUAGCAUUCGGCGUCGAUCCUUGAGCAGUUGAGUUGUGUAGUUCGCGUAGUGCAAGUCGAAAGUCAAUCGAUACGAGAAAGAUGGUCCGGCUAUCACGACAACUGCCGUGUUUUGUCCUUCUGGCACUUGCUUCCUUUGCAUCGGCGCAACGGAACCUUCCAAGGCCUCCCCAGUGUGGGCUCAUGGUAGGGGAUCGUAUCAUUGGCGGUCAAGCCACCGAUUUGAAGGAAUAUCCGUGGUCCGCUUUGAUUUUAUACAGAAAACCAAACGGAAAACCGGGUUAUAACUGCGGUGGAUCCCUCAUUAAUUCGCGAUACGUAUUGACGGCCGCCCAUUGUAUUGAUGCGAUUCCCAGCGGAUGGGAAGUAAUCGGUGUUCGACUCGGGGAGUACGACUUAAAUAAUAAUGGAAAUGAUUGCGUCGAUGGAGUCUGUGCCGAUUUACCGUUGGAUAAUGAUAUCGAUAGAAUAACUGUUCACGAAAGCUACGAUCCUCUGUCGAAAGGUCAAUAUGAUGACAUUGCUUUGAUUAGACUGAGCCGUGAUGUGUCUUAUUCGGAUUACAUAAAGCCAAUCUGUCUACCCACGGACUCUGCAAGCCGCUCCCGUAAAAUCAUCGGUACAAAAGCCGUUGCCGCCGGAUGGGGGAGAACUGAAACGGCGGGACAAAGUCCGAUCAAGCUGAAGGUUGACUUGAAUGUAGCUGAUACUAAUCAAUGUGCCACCGUUUACCUUCGCCAAUAUGGUAUAACAUUGCGAGAUACACAACUUUGUGCAGGCGGUCUCGCGGGUAAGGAUACCUGCACAGGAGAUUCCGGUGGGCCACUGAUGAAGCGCAUCAAGGCAAACCAUUUCCUGUACGGUAUAGUGAGCUUUGGACCAAAUAAGUGCGGUACCAAGGAUGUACCCGGGGUCUACACCAACGUUGCCAAAUAUACAGACUGGAUUGAAAAACAAUUGUAUUGAAGAAAUUCACCCUGUGUAGAAGGGUAAUUGUGCACUUCAAGAAAUAGAUCAAAAUAUAGAUCAAGCUACGAGCUACAAAGUGUGAGAACAAA